AUGCCCGGCAAUAACAACAAGGACGUUGCGCACGCCGACGAGACUAAGACUAAGGCUGCAGGUUCCAGCAGCCAGGUCUCCGCCGACAACCAGGAUGCGGGCGAGCCCGCGAUCAAGCCGCGCAAGCGGCUACCAGACAGCCGCCCCCCUCUCUCAGCGGAGCGACUGGCCAAGGCCAAGGCCGACGCCGAGGCCAAAGCCCAAGAACUUGCUGCUGCCCGCAGAGCAGCCAAAGCCCAAGGCGGCCAAGGCCUUGCUCCUGCGCCGGUCCCCGCCCCCGCGCCUGCUGCCGCAUCCACCAGCAACGCCGCCGCCAACAAGGACGACUGGACCAACGAGGAGAAGGUGAAGCUCCUCUUGUGCCGAGUGUGCAUCUCCAAGGGCAGUUCCCUUGCCGAGGCUGCUCCGAAAUUACUCCCCCACCGUCCGAUCGACGAGUGCGCUCGUGUCCUGGCCGAGCUGGGCACCCAGCACCGCUUCGACGACCUCGUCUAG